GUUUGAAUAAGUACGGAAUUUUUUUAAAUUUAUCGCAUUUGUUAAUAUUGAAUUUGAAACGAAGUAUUUGACGAGCAAAUAAUAAAAAGACUUUAACGCGUAUCAAGAACAGAAAAUUUUGGAAAAAAUAAGAAUUUUGUGGAUAAAAAAUUUCAAGUUCCAAAUGGUGUAAAAACAUACAAAAAGUGACAAUAAAAUUUGUUUUCAACGACUGUAAAGUUUAUUAGCUGUGCCUGAUAUACGACACCGUAGUCAACUGUAAAUUAUGGAAGUGUAAAAGGCAACAAAAAAGUUAUCUUGGAUUAUUCAAUCAUCAUAGAGUUUCCUGAAUACUUAAAAAGGGCAUCGAUUUAUUAAGAUGAAGAGCCUUGAGCGAUCAGCACGUAAAGUCAGAAAAGGACAUUACAUUGCAACACAUAACAGUCCAUCACCGCCUUAUGGAUCAACAAAUCGAGCAUAUUUUUCUGAUGGUGAUGACAGUCGAGCACCAUCAGAACGAACUUUAUCAGAAUAUACAAUCACAAAUGAGAGAACUUCACCGCCUAAACCACCAUCAAGGAAGUCUCGAACGAUGGAACGAUCAGCAAAAAAUGGAAUUAGUCAUAAUGGAAUCUAUUCAGAAGGUCCACGAUCACUUUCUAGUCCUCCAACGCGUCAACCACCACGCGCACCAUCAGCAUUAAGCUAUGAUCAUGGUGGUGAGACAGGAGAUAUUUAUGUGACAAGUGCAGCAUAUAAGACGCCUUCAGAAAUAAGUCGUUACUCGAUGCCUCAUCGGACACAUUAUACUAAGCCACAGAGUGUAUAUUCAGUUGCAAGUAGUCGUAAAAGUAAUCGUACGGGACGAAGUCAUACAUCAAGACGAAUGGGAGCAAAGGUUGAAGCAAUGUCUGCUCCAAAUCCCUUCUGUCCAAAUUUACGAGGAGUUUGUUGUCUCAUGUUACUCAUCAAUCUUGGACUUAUUCUUAUCACGCUUGGCUUCGUCAUUGUCAUUCAGUUUGUUGAGCCUCUCUUUGUUUGGAUUCUUGGAAUAGUCUUCCUCAUAUUUGGCUUCGCAACACUCAUCGGCUCGAUGAUUUAUUGUGUGAUUGUAUGCAGAGAUGUUAAGACGCCUUCGCAACUUAAAAAUGAAGACUUGCAUUGGACAAAGCAUUGGCAGAAGAAUAUUGGCUACACGCCUCACGAGAUUGACUAUAAAACCGAUCCAGACGGUUAUUCAGUCAGUAAAAUAAGUGGAAAAUAUUCCGAUCGAGGUAGUUCUAGGUAUUAACAGAUUAAGAGUAACAGGAUGUAACAACUUAAUGUAUUAUAAUAAUGAUGAUGAGAAUGUUGGUUCCAUACUAGAUCUUAAUAUUUUUUCUAUGCUCCGUAAAACUGAAUCUGCCUCCAUUAAAACUUUUCAUAAUAAUUUAGAACCAUCAAAAAUUUACUUGAAUUAUAGCUUCUACUGGAA